GGGAGGAGGAGAAGAGGAGAGGAGGGCGGGGAGUUGGCGGCUCCCGCUCAUCUGGGCUCUGCGCACCCACGCUUCGCUGCUCCGCUUUCUGCCCCCCACCCGGGCAUGUGCCCCCCGCGGCCCUGGUCCCCCAGAGCCCACGCCGACCCCCGGAGCCUCCCCAGAGCCGCCUACGCAGAAUGGGCGUCCCCAACCCCACGCCGCUGAGUUCGCUGCUGUUGCUGCUAAUGCUUGGAGUCAGGUGCUAUGCCCGGCAGGUGCAUGUCCCCAAGGGCCCUCUUUACCGUGUGGCUGGCACCACUGUCUCUAUCUCUUGCAACGUGAGUGCCUAUGAGGGCCCUUCCCAGCAGGACUUUGAAUGGUUCAUGUACAGACCUGAGGCCCCAACGACUUCCCUGGGCAUCAUCAGCACCAAGGAUAGCCAGUUCUCCUAUGCUGUGUUUGGGCCUCGCGUGGCUUCUGGGGACCUGCAGGUGCAGCGCCUGAAAGGAGAUUCCGUGGUGUUCAAGAUUGGUCGCCUGCAGGCCCAGGACUCUGGCUUUUAUGAAUGCUACACCCCCUCAACAGACACUCAGUACCUGGGCAACUACAGUGCCAAAGUGGAGCUGAGAGUUCUUCCAGACGAGCUGCAGGUAUCUGCUGCCCCUCCGGGGCCCCGAGGACGCCAGGCUGCAGCCUCCCCCUCCCGCCUGACUGUGCAUGAGGGGCAGGAGCUGGCGCUGGGCUGCCUGGCUCAGACUAAAACGAAGAAACACACACACCUGUCGGUGUCCUUUGGGAGAGCCGAGCCUGAGGCACCAGUGGGGCGAGCCACCCUCCAGGAAGUCGUGGGACUGCGCUCUGACAUGGCUGUGGAGGCUGGUGCUCCCUAUGCCGAGAGGCUGGCCGCCGGGGAGCUGCGGCUGAGCAAGGAAGGAACUGAUCGGUACCGCAUGGUGGUCGGGGGUGCCCAGGCUGCAGACUCGGGCACCUACCACUGUACGGCCGCUGAAUGGAUUCAGGAUCCUGAUGGCUCCUGGGUCCAGAUCGCAGAGAAGAGGGCGGUCCUGGCCCAUGUGGACGUGCAGACACUGUCCAGCCAGCUGGCAGUGACGGUGGGGCCUGGUGAACAUCGGAUUGGCCCCGGGGAACCCUUGGAACUGCUAUGCAAUGUGUCAGGGGCACUGCCCCCACCAGGCCGGCAUGCUGCAUACUCAGUGGGCUGGGAGAUGGCUCCUGCAGGGGCUCCUGGGCCUGGCCGCCUGGUGGCCCAGCUGGACACAGAAGGUGUUGGCAGCCUGGGCCCUGGCUAUGAGGGCCGGCACAUUGCCAUGGAGAAAGUGGCAUCCAGGACCUACCGACUACGACUGGAGGCUGCCAGGCCUGGUGACGCAGGCACCUACCGCUGCCUUGCCAAAGCCUACGUUCGAGGGUCUGGGACCCGACUUCGUGAAGCAGCCAGUGCUCGUUCCCGGCCUCUCCCUGUGCAUGUGAGGGAAGAAGGCGUGGUGCUGGAGGCUGUGGCAUGGCUCGCAGGGGGUACUGUGUACCGGGGAGAGACUGCCUCCUUGCUGUGCAACAUCUCUGUGCGGGGUGGUCCUCCGGGGCUGCGACUAGCAGCCAGCUGGUGGGUGGAAAGACCAGAGGAGGGCGAGUUAAGCUCCAGCCCUGCUCAGCUUGUGGGUGGAGUGGGUCAGGACGGCGUGGCAGAGCUGGGAGUUCGGCCUGGAGGGGGUCCUGUCAGUGUGGAACUGGUGGGACCCAGAAGUCAUCGACUAAGACUGCACAGUCUGGGGCCCAAGGAUGAAGGCGUAUACCACUGCGCCCCAAGCGCCUGGGUGCAGCAUGCCGACUACAGCUGGUACCAGGCGGGCAGUGCACGCUCCGGGCCUGUCACAGUCUACCCCUACACGCAUGCUCUGGAUACCCUGUUCGUGCCCCUGUUGGUGGGUACAGGAGUCGCCCUAGUCACUGGCGCCAGUGUCCUUGCUACUAUCACCUGCUGCUUUAUGAAGAGGCUGCGAAAGCGGUGAUCUGUAACGUCCCAGGUGAGGGAAAGGGACCCCCCCCCCAAGCCCCGUCUUCCUCGACUUCCUGUGUGCUCCAUCUGGACAAGCGGCUUCCAGCUCAGUCCUGCAGGACCGUGGAGCAGGGUGAGGGCUGAAGGGACCCUUUCCCUCAGCUACUCCACGUGCUCUCUCCAGUUCCUGCAGGUGUCCACUGUCUUCCAGCCAGCGCUGCCCCUCCCCCGGUUGCCUGGAUACCCUCUCCCUCCUCCGUCCAGAACUUCCUUUAAUUUAUUUGACCUGUCCCUGCCUAGGGUGGGAGACUUGGCUCCCCCAUUCCCCACAGUUUUCCACAAGGUCUUCCUUCUGGUUCUCUGUUCUUGGUCUCACACUCAUGCUGUAGGAAGGCCAGUUCCUGUCCUCAAACUAGUUUUUUUUUUUUUUUCUAAAAUGUGAAUAAACUGGUUUUAUAAAAUCCAG